AUGAAUAACCAAAGAGGUACCUGUGCAGAACUUAAUUGGGUGAAUAACUCAAAGAGACAGCAAAUGAAAGCUAAGGGCACUAAAAAUUCCAUUUCAGUAACUGAGCAAGAAAUAACCUAUGCAGAAUUCAAUCUUCAAAAUGCUUCUCAGGAUAUUCAGGGGAAUGCAAAGAACUACCACUGCAAAGAUUUACUACUAUUUCCAGGGAAGAUCCUUGCUAGGAUGCUGGGAAUCAUCUGCUUUGUCUUGAUGUCCAUUGUGAUAAGAAUAGUUCUUAUUCCCCGUAAGUGUUUAAAUGACUAUCUGGGAAAUUUCAUUUUAAUGAUUGAUAAUAUCUCUUUAGCUUAUCACUGUGGUCAUUGUCCAAAAGAGUGGUUUACAUAUUCCAACCAUUGCUAUUACAUUAGCACUGAAAGAAAACCAUGGAAUGAGAGUUUGGCAUCCUGCGCUUCUAACAACUCUAACCUGCUCUACAUAGAUGAUGAAGAAGAACUGGUUGUUUGCCUGCCUGGAGUAGCACAUGCACUUUGGACUUUUACUCAGCCAAGCCUGCUGACCUUUAAAGCUCCAAUUUUGGGGGGCCUGGUGUAG